AUGUCUCAGCGUUAUCUCAGUACUCGUGGAAGCGAGUCCGGACGGUCUUUUGAGGAUGUUGUCAUGAAGGGACUUGCCUCGGAUGGUGGUCUAUUCAUUCCUGAGGAGAUUCCUUCUCUGCCACCGUCAUGGGAGAGUGAGUGGCGGGAUUUGUCCUUCGCCGAAUUGGCGCACCGUAUCAUGUCCCUAUACAUCUCUCCUUCUGAAAUUCCCUCUGAAGAUCUGAAGGCUAUCGUCGAAAAGUCCUACUCGACCUUCCGUCACCCGGAGCGUACACCCGUCGCCGCAUUGGAUCCCAAGGACAACCUCUACCUCCUUGAACUCUUCCACGGACCAACCUUUGCUUUCAAAGACGUUGCGCUCCAGAGCUUGGGUAACUUUUUUGAAUAUUUCCUCGUGCGCAAAAAUCAGGGAAAGACUGGCAAGGACCGUCACCACUUGACCAUUGUGGGCGCAACAUCCGGUGAUACUGGCUCGGCGGCCAUCUAUGGUCUGCGAGGCAAGAAGGAUGUGUCUGUCUUCAUUCUCUUCCCCAAGGGCAAGGUUAGCCCCAUUCAGGAGGCGCAGAUGACAAGCGUACUCGAUGCGAAUGUCCACAACCUCACUGUCGAAGGCUCCUUUGAUGACUGCCAGGACAUCGUCAAGGCCAUAUUCGCCGAUCCUGAUAUCAACAAGACCCACAAUAUUGGUGCCAUCAACUCGAUCAAUUGGGCCCGUAUUCUCGCUCAGAUCACCUACUACUUCUAUUCAUAUCUCUCCCUGACAAAAUCCCCCAACUACAAACCGGGUACCGGUGUGCGUGUUGUGGUGCCCUCCGGGAACUUUGGAGAUAUCCUGGCUGGAUGGUUCGCCAAGCAGAUGGGCCUACCCUUCUCCAAGCUGGUGGUUGCCACCAACGAGAACGAUAUCCUCGACCGAUUCUUCCGCACCAACGGUCACUACACCAAGAAGCCUCUUGACGCGCCCACGGACGCGGGCGUUAAGGAAACCCACAGCCCGGCCAUGGACAUUCUCGUCAGCAGCAACUUUGAGCGUCUUCUCUGGUUCUUUGCAUUCCAGACUGACAAGGCCGCUACCGCUGACGAGCGCCGUAAGCACGCCUGCGAAAGUGUCAGCAGCUGGUUGAACAAACUGAAGACCGAGGGCGGCUUCCAAGUCCCCGCCGCCAUCAUCGAGGCCGCCAAGGCCGAAUUCGAGAGCGAGCGAGUCAGCAAUGAAGAAACCAUCGAGACCAUCCGGGAAACCUACAGGAAUUGUGUUCCCAAGGAUCUUCCCGCUGGUAGCCCCAGAAGCUCCAAGACCGGCGGCUACAUUCUCGACCCGCACACAGCUGUUGGUGUUGCUGCUUCCCGCCGCUCAAUUCAGCGAAAUCCCGGUGAAAGCCACAUUUCGCUGUCGACGGCACACCCUGCCAAGUUCGCGAGCGCAGUGGAUCUGGCUUUGAGCAAGGAAGACGGUUACAGCUUCAGUGAAGUACUCCCCGAGGAGUUUGUGGGCCUGGAGCAGCGUGAGCGUCGCGUCACGGCGGUGCCUCGUGGUGCAGGCUGGGAGGGCGUGCGUGAAAUUGUCAAGGCCGAGGUGGAGCAGGAGCUUGAGGGUCAACGUUAA